AUGCCUCACAAACACAGACGAAUAGAAGACGAUAAGACACAGUUCAACCUCCCACCCACCGAACAAGCCACUUCCCUCCCCGUAGGCAAAGCCCGCACCUUUAGCACCGCAACAAAAAGCAAAAAGCGCAAGGCCGCUCACAUAGACGGCUAUGGCGCAGACGACACACCCAAAGCCUUCCAACGGCUCAUGGCCCUUACCAAAGGCGGCAUCAAGAAGCGCUCCAUGCUCGAUGACGGCCUCGUAAAAACCAAGAAACAGAAGAAACAACAACAACAACAACAACAACAACAACAACAACAACAACAACAACAACAACAACAACAACAACAAGCGCUCGAAGAAGACGGGCGAAAAGCCAGCAUCAGCGGCAAAACGGAAGAGCAGCAGAAUCCAGCCGCCACUCCCGCACUAAAGAUCCAACCCGGCGAGUCCAUGGCCGAGUUCCGCGCACGCGUUGACCAAGCCCUGCCCCUCUCCGGUAUCUCCAAGUCAGGCAAAAAGGUCGCAGGUGUCAGCGACCACCGCGUCACAAAACACGAGCGCCACCUCAAGCGGCUGCAAAAAGGCUGGCGGGAAGAAGAAGCCCGAAUCCGCGACAAGGAAAUGGAAGCCGCCGAGCUCGCAGAGGAAGAAGAGGAAGAACUCGCCGCAAUGUGGGAAGACAAAACUGAAGACCUUUCCACCCCCUUCACCGCCACCAACAAGAAAAAGAAAAAGUCCAACAAAACCGCAAAGCGCAAACAUUUCGUCGGCGAAGUCGACAAUGGCAGCGAAGACGAAUGGGAAGCCCUCAAGCGCAAAAGAGGUCAACCCAAGGGCCUCCACGAUGUCGUCUCCGCACCCCCGACCUUCACAAAGCUGCCGCGCGAGAUCUUCAAGGUCAGGAAUGGGGCUGGCGCCAAGGUGGGCAAUGUGCCCAAUAGCGCGGGUAGUCUGCGCAAGAGGGAGGAGCUGGGCGAGGAGCGCAAAACGAUUAUCGAAACGUAUCGUGAGCUCAUGGCCGCGAAGAAGGAGAGACUGGGCACGGCUGCUGCGGCGGCGGUGGCUGCAGAAGCGAAGUAG